AAAUCACGAGAGGCCGUACUCGCGUGCUGCUCCUCGGUCAUCGUGUGGUUUAGCGGGAUUAGCGCGUGCCAUACGAGAUCACGGGCAGACGGAUGUACCGACGGCCGCCUGCCCUGAAGUUGGAUACCGAAAACUGAGCGAAAGGUUUACUCCUGCUAUAUUAAAGAGGGAAGCCUAGGCGAUAGCGCGAGCCCCGCGUAGAGCUGCGUUUGGAGCACCAUGAAGCUCCCGUGCUGGAUAGCGCUCGCGCUCUUGCUGGCGCAGACUACACUGGCACAGCGACGUACAUUUCGACCGGUAGAUGAGGAGAGCUCUGGAGAUGAAUUUUAUGACGACGAGGACUUCUUAUCUGGUUCUGGCUCUGGAUUUCCAGAUAUGGAUGUUUGGCCAACUGAAGCAGGUGUAUCUGUCACUACAGAGGAGCCCCUCCCACUUUCCACAACACAGGCCACUGGCCCAGCCCCAUCGGCCUCCCCAGCUGCAGAGCCCAGUAGCCCACCUCCACCUGAGGUAGAACGAGAGGGGAAUAUGGGGCAAGAGGUGGACAGAGAGAGCAAACUAGAAGAGCGAGAAAGAGAAUCUGGGAAAGAAAGGAAAUGGGAAGCCGGUACAGUGCAGGAAAGAGAAAAAGAAGAAGAGAAAUCAAAGGCUACCGUCACACCGCGACUUACUGAAGUUCCCUUGGUGGCAAUGGAUUCCUCUACAACUCUGGGUGAAACUACAGUGGCCUCUAGUGACUUGGAGGAUCUCUUCACCACAGAAGAACAGGAGGAUCUGUUCAUUACUACAGAAAUUACCAUGUUGGAGCCAACCAGCACCACAGAGACCACAACAGAUGAAAUAACAACCACCGAAGUUCUACCCACCACCGUUGCCUCAACCACUGCCAAGCCAACCAGAUUACGUCCUGCCCCAACCACUCCCAGUACUGCCCCUGUACGGCCACAACAACCACAGACCACCCCCACCCCCAGUAGAGCUGAGAGCGGCUCUCGUUCAGUGAUGACCUCUACAGUACAGACACAAACACCAGCUGAGACUGUAAAUAAUGAAGUUGCAGGAGCAGACCCAAGCGGUGAUUUUGAAAUCCGUGAGGAUGAUGGUCGCCAAGGCAACGAGGUUGGGCGAGGCAAAGGGGCGCCUGGUGUGGCAGCAGAACCAGAUCUGACUGGCAACGAGUUGGAUACAACUGGAAGUUCUGCCGCUCAGCUUCCACAGAAGAACAUCCUGGAGAGGAAGGAGGUUUUGAUAGCUGUGAUUGUUGGAGGUGUAGUCGGGGCGCUCUUCGCCGCAUUCCUUGUCAUGUUGCUCAUCUACAGGAUGAAAAAGAAAGAUGAAGGAAGCUACACACUUGAGGAGCCUAAACAAGCCACUGUCACCUACCAGAAACCAGACAAGCAAGAGGAAUUCUACGCCUAACAACCAUACAUUUGCUCCCCUCCAUCUCUCCAACCUUCUCCCCUCUUUAUCAGAUCCCCCUCCCUCUCUUCUCCCUUUCAUCUCUCACCCUUUUCCUUUGAUCACUUUCUUCCCUGGUUUCCCCAUGAGAGUGCCUCUCACUCCACGGACUCAGAACUUUCUUUUUUCCAAAAAAAAAAAAAGAAAAGGAAAAAAAAACUGAAAAGAUCAACGUUAAAAAAACGGAAGUGACUUUAGGUGGGGUUUUGGGUGGGACAGGGCAAAUGAAGGGGGGUGAGUCUAGACAUACACAGAGGGAAAAAAAAGCUUUUUUAAAAACAUGUUAUUAUUGAUAUGUUUAGGAUCGUUGUUCUAUGAAAUUAUGACCAGAAACUUUUUGUAAAGACACUGCAUUUCUUAUUUGUUUCUGCACAGUAUUCCUCUCAGACUGAAAACGUGGGAGCAAAAUAAAAAGCAUGAAAAAAUAAGGGAGAGAAAAUGAAGACGGGGUCAUGGAGGGAGGGAGAAAAUUAGAGUUGCUUGAGAAAAGGAGAGAGACGGAGAUGAGGAAUUUUAGAGCUUACUCGAAAUGCUCUCAGUAACCAAGGUCAGUGAUCCAGCAUUGUGUGGUGCCUUCCAAUUCCCUGGUGCUACAGACCGAGCGCGACCAGAGAAUAAUGUGUAUCUGUGUGCGUGUAUAUUUGCGCCUGUGCGUGUGAUGAUGUCUAAGGUGCCCUUAUGACCUGAGCCUAGAUACACACACAUACGUGCACAAAUGCACACUCACACGCAAAGACUGAAUCCCUCCGCUGGUGAGAGUCUGUGUCAGCACGACAGGCCUCGUACCGUCUGUUUAGAACAGAGAGCCCAAUACAUGUACAAUGUUUAACACAGCACAUAAAAACACUGCAGAUUUGCUGUGAGGGAGUGCAUGCAUAGAUUCAGAGGACUAGCUUCUCCUCUGCUCUGUAUAAAGACUUUAGUAAUCAAUAGUAAUAAUCAAUAAUAUAUCAGCAGCUCUGAAUGGAAGGAAAAUGAUGAUCAUAAUAUUCAUAGUCUAUUUAGCCUGUGCAGUAAGGUUUUAUCAGUGCAAAUAUCAAUUCAACUUUUUGUUUUAUCAUGCUUUUAACCAUGCUAUUGUACUAAUAAAUUGCACACAUGCUAUUGAUUUCCACCCAAACACCUACACAUUGCCAUUGCAAUCUACAUUGUGAACUAUUUUUGUCAGCUGAACCCAGAGAAAUCAGCCCAGUGAAAUGCAUAAACCUUUCCCUCUGUGGAUUGUAUUUUAAAGGUCAUUAGUUCAAGUCUCUGGUUUUUGUUUUGACAGACUCGCAAGGUUAAUUGAUCCCACUGUCAAAAUGCACUCCGAAACACAGAAUGGCACAUUUUCUCACAAAUGUCACACACAAAAUCUUUAUGAUGGACUGUCAUUUAGUCAGCUCAAGCAUUCUUUCAGAUUAGAUGUAGGAAGUUGUUGAUAUGGUACUUGUGAGAUUAGGUUUAUGUUGGAGCAUAAUCGCUGUGGUUAACAGAUGCAAGGCAAACAUUAAACUUAAUGGUCCAGAGGAAAUAUCUAACCAAGGUAUCUGAGCUGAAAACCUUUAAUGAAGCAGGAAGGACAAAAA